CCUUUCUUAAUUUCUCCAAUUCUCCGGUCUUUAGUUCUACACACAAGCAGCCGCUUUCUUCUCUUCACUUCUUCACAAAACCGUAGCCGUUGUCCGCACGCCGGGAGGCCCGUGACAAUUCUUUGCACUUCUCCACUUAUCCGUCCCCAUUCUUUCAUUUCUUCACUUUGCGUUGUUGAUCUGCGUCUGUUUUUAAGGGGAAUCAUUGCCUUUAAUUAUGGACUAGGCCUCGAUCUUGACAGGCAAAGAUUGAGUCACUUGAUAGCCAAUUUUACCGAGCAACAUGUUGCAAAUGUGGAUGAAGGCAUGCGCUCUCACUGCACUCUCACUCACCAUGCUAUUACAUACAACACAUACAUUUAUAGUGUAUGUCGUCUUCUCCAUCACGGUUUAUCCCAAGAGAUCUCUUUAUAUCUCAACUCCAAAAAUUCAUUCCUAGAAAAUGGAAACAGGGUACAAAACCGUAUGAUAAGCCAUCCACACCACGCAAAUCCAAUGAUUCUAUCCCGGAAACAAACACAAGUAGUGAUGAAUCUAUGAUUAAUUCCCUUUUUACAUCUCUCAAGGACUUUGCGAGCCAGGGCCAUUUAUCGAAAGCAUUCAAAACCUUCUCUCUUAUCCAGGUACAUGCCUCUUCUGUUGCUUCUUUCGACCUUAUCUUACAUUCCAUCUCUUCUCUUCUUCUAUCUUGCACCAACCUUAAAUCACUCUUACAAGGUAAACAACUUCAUGCUCAGAUUAUCUCCUUGGGUCUUGAACAAAAUCCCCUUUUGGUACCCAAACUUGUCACAUUUUACUCAAGCUUUGACCUCCUUGUUGAUGCCCAUAAUGUUACUCAGAAUUCAAGUAUUUUGCACCCUUUGCCUUGGAAUUUGCUUAUCUGUUCUUACGUUAGAAAUGGACUUUUUGGGGAGGCUCUCUCUGCCUAUAGAGAAAUGGUGGAUAAGGGGGUUAGACCAGAUAAUUUCACUUACCCAUCUGUUCUCAAGGCUUGUGGUGAAAAAAUGGAUCUGGGUUUUGGUAGGGAGAUUCAUAAGACUAUUAAUUCUAGCUCUGCUAGGUGGAACUUGUUUGUACAUAAUGCCUUGGUCUCCAUGUAUGGGAGGUUUGGGGAAAUUGAUGUCGCUCGUAGCUUGUUUGACAAGAUGCCAGAGAAGGAUGCUGUUUCUUGGAACACGAUGAUUUCUGCUUACGCCUCGAGAAGAAUGUGGAAGGAAGCAUUUGAGCUUUUUGAAAGUAUGAGAAUUACUGGUAUUGAAGUUAAUAUCAUAACUUGGAAUACUAUAGCUGGUGGGUGCUUGCGGACGGGCAAUUUUAAGGGAGCACUAAACUUGCUUUUUCGGAUGAGAACUUGUGGCAUUCAUUUGGAUUCUGUGGCGAGGAUUAUUGGUUUGGGUGCAUGUUCCCACAUUGGGGUCAUUAAAUUAGGGAAAGAAAUUCAUGGUUCUGCAAUUCGUAGCUGUUGUGAUGGGUUUCAUAAUGUCAAGAAUGCAUUAAUAACUAUGUAUUCCAGGUGCAAAGACCUUAGACACGCCUAUAUUCUGUUUCGAUUGAUAGAAGAUAAGAGUAUAAUUACUUGGAACUCCAUGCUUUCUGGCUACAGCCACAUGGAUCAACCUGAGGAAGCAUCGUUCCUAUUUAGAGAGAUGUUGCUUUCCGGAAUUGAACCAAAUUAUGUGACAAUUGCGAGCAUUCUUCCUCUCUGUGCUCGAGUGGCAAAUUUGCAACAUGGGAAGGAGUUCCAUUGCUACAUUAUGAAGCGUGAAGGGUUCGAGGACUAUUUGCUAUUGUGGAAUGCUCUUGUAGACAUGUAUGCAAGAUCAGGCAAAGUUUUGGAAGCUAAAAGAGUGUUUGAUUCAUUGAGCAAAAGGGAUGAGGUGACUUAUACUUCCUUGAUUGCUGGAUAUGGAAUGAAAGGAGAGGGACAAGCUGCACUAGAAGUAUUUGAAGAGAUGAAAAGGUCCCAAACCAAACCAGACCAUAUAACCAUGGUUGCGGUUCUAUCAGCUUGUAGCCAUUCCGGUCUUGUAAUCCAAGGCCAAAGACUGUUUGAAAAUAUGCUAGGUGUAUAUGGUAUAUGUCCUCAUUUGGAGCAUUAUGCAUGCAUGGUUGAUCUCUUUGGCAGGGCUGGCUUGUUGGACAAAGCAAAAGAGAUUAUCACUACUAUGCCUUACAAGCCAACCCCUGCCAUGUGGGCCACUCUAAUAGGAGCCUGUCGGAUUCAUGGAAAUGCGGAGAUGGGGGAGUGGGCAGCUCAAACACUAUUGGAAAUGAGGCCUGAAAACUCAGGUUACUAUGUGUUGAUUGCUAACAUGUAUGCUGCUGCUGGUUGUUGGAACAAGCUAGCUGAGGUUAGAACUUCCAUGAGGGACUUGGGUGUGAGGAAGGCUCCUGGUUGUGCUUGGGUCGAUGUGGGCACAGGAUUUUCCCCCUUUGUGGUUGGGGACACAUCAAACCUUCAUGCACAAGAGAUUUACACUUUGUUGGAUGGAUUAACUGAGCUAAUGAAAGACGCCGGUUAUGUUGCAAGUGUGGAUUUUGGUUUGGAAGACGAAAUUAUUGAGGAAUAGGAUCAACAAUGGAGUUAAUAACUAAACAAAGGGCUGCUAACAUAUUAUUGAACUAAUUUGAGGUAGAGAUAUUCUUUUAAAGUGAGGCUAAAAUGUUGUUUAGAAGGAGAGUGGAUCAUGGGCUUAGUAAGCAGAAAGAAUGGCUCUCAACAUUUGGAGACCUUGGUUGCACAUGGAACUCUUCUCCUAAAAGACAUUUACUUUCAUCUGUAUUGAUUUUGUAGCAGAUUUGAGUUCAUUACUUUAGAGGCUUGCAGUUUUUUUGGCAUUCAAUCUUACCUAUUCUAUUGCCAAUUUUUGGAGAAAAUGAUUAAUGCACCUCUUAAAAUCUGGUGUGCAUCUCUGAACUACUAUGGUAUUUUUUGUUGGUGAGGAAUGCCAACACUACAAUCAUGAUGUAGCAAAAUUGAAUGGAGGAUUCACAUUGUUAUUUUUCAAGACAUACAAGUACAGAUUUCAAUUUCUUGUGGCUUUCUUCUUUGACUAUA